UACUGUCUUUGAAUCGGUACUGUAAAGAAGGAUAGUUGAAGUCACACUGCGGGAACAGGCGGUUGACCAAUUUGUCACUUGUCAGAGGAUUGAGUAUAAUGUUUCACAGUGGAAUCUUAUUUCUACGUUUAACCUUACAGAGGCUUGCUUUCGGGUUCUGACAUUUUCAACCCGAAGGCUAGCGUGAUCUGGUGUAAACAAGUCACUAGCUCAGAAUUCACUGGUUGUUGAGGAGAGGAGGAGGAGGGGGACAUAGCAGGAGAAUGCAGAAAACAUUGUCACGCACACGUUAAUUUUUAACUGGCCAUUGGAAAACAGUUAGGUACUGACAGCAUAAAACACGUGCAUGUAUUCAGUAUCCCUUCUUAAAGACACGUUAAAUGACAGCUUUACAUGCAAUGGUGUUUCAAAACUAACGGUACUGUGUUACAACUGGUUGUUGAGCUGGGCAGCUACCAAUGUUAGCAGACACCAAAGUCAGGGGAAUAACAUUAUUUGGCGUCGAUUAUCAUCGUGUGUGUUGGCGAUUUUCCCCGUUAAAGUUCUAAAUGAAAAACCGGCUAGUGAGAUAAACAACGAAACGACAAAACGGUUCGGGAGAGUUUAUUCGAAACAGGAAAGGACUUUCGACCAUCCUUAUCUCCGAGGCUCUGAUAGGCUUAUUUGAGGCACACGGAACUGAUUACCCUGCCUGCAAUAAUGCCAUUAUUGCCAAGGAUAUUACGCUUGGUAAGACAGGAGACUUCCUCUAUCUACUGUCAUUGGAGGUAUUUAUCAAGCAUGUCCUCUGCAAAGAAAUUGCGGGUCCUGGUGGACAUGGAUGGGGUCAUAGCAGAUUUCGAAGGUGGAUUUCUGAAGAAGUACCGAGCGAGAUAUCCAAACGAACCCUUCAUCACCUUAGAGGACCGAAGAGGAUUUUGGGUGUCAACUCAAUACGGCCAGCUAAGAAGUGACCUCUGCGAGAAAGCCAUCAGCAUCUGGGAAUCCAAGGACUUCUUCACUGAGCUGGAACCUCUACCGGGAGGCGUGGAGGCGGUCAAAGAGAUGGCCAAAAUGGAGAACACAGAUGUUUUUAUUUGCACCAGUCCAAUCAGAUUCUACAACCACUGUCCUUAUGAGAAGUAUGCAUGGGUGGAAAAACACCUGGGACCUGACUUCCUAGAACAGAUCAUCCUGACGCGAGACAAAACCGUGGUGUCAGGCGACAUCCUCAUCGACGACAAGCCGGAUAUACUGGGGGUGGAGCCCAACCCUACCUGGGAGCAUGUGCUGUUCACGGCGUGCCACAACAAGCACAUGCCCCCCUGCCCCUCGCGCCGACGCCUCCUGUCCUGGGCAGACGACUGGAAGGGCAUCCUGGAGAGCAAGCGACGCUGAGGGAGGACGGCGUAGCCACACAACACCCCCCACACACACACACACACACACACACACACACACACACACAUCAACUCCAACAGACGUCUGUCCCUUUCGAGAGCCGGGGUUCGAGAGCCCCCCCACCCCCAUCCAAACCUUCACACACACUUAUCAACUCCCAAGAAAGAUCACCAGGCUACAGCGAUGGAAUAGUCUUGAGGAUUCCACGUGAGAGUGGUCAUCCAGGCUACAGUGAUGGAAUAGUCUUGAGGAUUCCACGUGAGAGUGGUCGUCCAGCGGGUACAGCGAUGGCCUCUUUCUCGCACACUCCGAGAGAGUUUUUCUGGUCAGUCAAUAUUAGACAAAUAUGUUUGACUUCCUGUUUAUCUCUCACCUGAUUGGACAAAUCCUACUCAUCUCCUGUUGGUCUCAUCUUAUUAGACAAAUCAGUUUGACUUCCGGUUUAUCCCUCACCUGAUUGGGUAAAACCCUCUCACUCCUUAUGACCCAUUGAUAUAGGGGUAUUUAUUCAUACGGUGCAUUUGACCUGGACUGUGGGAAGACGCCUUUUAUUUUAACCUCAAUUUAGUGGGUGCAGUUCAGCCCACAUCAGCCAGAGGGCGCUCUGUCAUUUGUUUACCACUUCAGGUGUUUAAUGAUACAGAGGUGUGUGAGGCCCACUCCGUUAACCUCACUCCACACACACUCACAUACUCUCACACACACACACGCACACACAGGUGUGUGGGAAGCGCUCUGUUAACCUCACUCCACACACACACACACACACACACACACAAAACAUGCACACAGCCAAGUUAUAAGCUAUUCUUGGUUAGAGUGAAGAGACAUGCCAUUAUUUCAGCAUAUCUAACACAUGUCACAAGCUCAUACUGUAUAUGACUGAGAACAGUAGUUUAGUGGUUUUUUUUUUCUUAAAGUAAUGUUCAGCCUGUGGUAACAACAUGUAUGCGUCUGGAGCCCAAACACUUGAGGUUGCCAUUUACUACUACUCUAUAGUCUCCAUACAGGCUCAGGUUUAUACUAGAAUCCCAGACGCACUGAAACCUCACACAAUGGCCCUAACCCACAGAUACAAACAUGUAGGAUGUGUACAUGGAUGACCACUAGGGGUCGCUGAUGGCACAUUCAAGCAGCUUAGAGCAUGGUUGCCAUAGAAAUCAGGUUACCCAUGUGGUGCUUCAAGAGUCCUCUGCCUUUAAUGUAGUGUAGUCACUUCACCCUGUCUAAUGUGGUUUUCUGAAACACUUUCAUCUACAAAAUGGUUUGAUGGUUUUUAGCAUGCUUAGAAAACUCCUUCAGAGUUAAACACACACACACGCCACACAUAUGCACAGUUGACACUUUUCUAUAUUGUGCCAAUGAGACCUAAGGUUGCUCAACAGGUGACCGUCGGUGUAUACAUUGCACUGUUCUAUAGAACACAGAAAAAAAUCUAGAACCCUCAGAUUUAAUUGCAACCAGGGCAACACAGAGGAGAUGGAACAGCAUGCUCAAACAACGCACAUCACACAUUUCACUGGUCUUCAGUACAAGUGGUUGCCUGGCUAGAUGAAACUUAUUUUCCAAAUAUUAUAUUGUAGUAUAACAUUUAGAUUUUGAAACAAAUUAUAUUAACAAGUGAUUAUAUAAUUUCACAUAUUUUAUGCAUUUUAAUGUGUUUUAUGCAUUUUUUUUGCAAAUGAUUGUUAUUUUUCUCUGAAUGUUUCUUUUUUUUUCUUUGCUGUGGUGCAAUUGAGUUUAGAGGGCGAGAGGGACUGGACAUGGAGCUGCCAUGCAUAUAGAACAUUUAAGCAAGGGAAAAGUGCAUUCUGGGAAAAUGAUACUUUAAAACUCAGCUUUUGUUACCUGAGUCAGAACUUGAAUAGAAGCAGACGCGCAGCUGAAUAGCCAUGACUUACUCACUCUCUCUCUCUCUGCCAAUUGAGCACUGUGAAGGCUGCUAUUUUGACAUCACUUCCUACUGCUCUCUGGUGCACAUGAGCUAGUUUGGGUCUAGUCCAGUCAGGUUUGGUUUGAUCUGACCUGGUCCGUAGGUUUCUUUGGUGCUUCUCCAUCGACUGGAGAGUUUACAGUUUUAUUUCUUAGGCUACAUGGGAAGAGAGGGCAACAAAAACACGACUCAAAUGAGAUGAAUAAAGAACAAACACACA